AUGCAUGAUCCAAGAAGCUCUCAUGGAGCUGCACUGAAGCAAGUCCUUCGGUAUUUAAAGGGAACGUGUUCUCUUGGACUCUUCUACGGUAACGAUGGAAUGAAGGAGCUAAUAGGAUACAGUGACAGUAGCUAUAAUGUGGAUCCCAAUGAUGGUAAAAGCACAACAGGUCACAUUUUCUAUUUAAACAAUUGCCCAGUGACUUGGUGCUCUCAGAAGCAAGAAAUUGUUGUUUUAUCUUCCUGUGAGGCUGAGUAUAUGGCCGCUACAGAGACAGCAAAACAAGCUUUGUGGCUGCAGGAGUUACUUGAAGAGAUCACUGAAGAUGGAGUCGAAAAAAUGGUGAUUCGCAUUGAUAACAAAUCAGCAAUCGCACUUGCCUAG